UUUGCAAAGUCAACCAAACGGUUGUAUGUGGGUAGCCACGCCCCUUGUGGGGAGAAGGGGAGGGACGGACAGCUGCUCUCAGCCAAUCCGGUGCACGGACUUUUGUUCUCCACCAAUCACAGACGCCGAGGGGCGGAGGAGACGCUCUUGUGUUUUCGCCACAUGAUGUUCCGCGGUGUUGCGGAUCUUGUUCUUCUUCUUCUUCUUCUGCUGCUCACGGUUGUUUUUGCAGCAGCGUCUCAACGGAGGAACAAUACUCUCUCCCGUCAUCACAGGAUUUAACAAAAACCACCGCGAACUACAGUUCAUCCGCGAUGCUGCCUUCAUCCUCCAGCUUGUAAAGUCUUUCCCAAAAGGAUGCAUACGACACGCAGCCCCUCGUCCAUCCCGACCAGUGUCUCGCGGGACGCCCUGGACCUCAGCUUGUCAGGCUCCCAGCUCUCCGUGUCCAGGCGGCCAAGCAGCGCGUCGUCGCCCGGGAAGAGCUUCUCCCGCUCCGUGUCGGUGUCCGUGGCCGCCGGCGACAGCCGAGGAAAGCGCAACACCCUUGGGAGUGAUGCCAGCUUCGGCAGCUCCCGCUCCAUCAAGAACCUGCGGCGCUCCAACAGCACCACUCAGGUGAACCAGCAGGGCAACAUCAGUUUAAGUCGGGAGCAGAGUGACGACUACCUUGCCCUGUUCGACAGCAGCUCAGACGGACGCAAGAAACUGUCCGGCCUCGGCAGGGCCUCGCCCGACAGAACCACGUGGAACAUCCUGAACAAGAAACCCAAAGGUAUUCAGUCAACAGUCAUGUACGACAAAGAAAAGCAUCAAACCCUCACAUCUGAGAAGAUGGAACCAGACGAUCAGCCCAGAGCGUUCGCCCUGCACUCCAGCUCCCGCAGCACCGGCAGCGUGGACUCCCCCACCGGCCCGAAGAGACGGGAGCCCGGCAUCGCUCUGGCCGCCACCUUCACGGCCAACAACAGGAGCAACAAGGGAGCUGUGGGGAAUUCUGUCACCACCAUCUUACACAACAACUACUCAGAGAAACCGCUCACGCCCAAGAGCUCCAACCAGAAGCCGUCUUUCAAUAACAUCCUGAAAGCAACCGCAAACGACGAGGUGGUGCUGGAGAACGGCUCCGUCACCAAGUCCCAGAAGAAUUUCUCCUCGUCGUCCUUCGCCUCCAACAACAGAUCUCCUGUGUCGGCGCAGCACGGCAGCCCUCGGCGCAGGGAGGUCACCGAGGAGGAGGCCGAGCGGUUCAUUCAGCAGGUGAAUCAGGCUGCGGUCACAAUCCAGCGAUGGUACAGACGCCACGCCGCGGGACGCCACGCGAACCAGGCGGCGCUCAAACGCAUCCUCGCAAGUAAAAGAAAGGAGUGGGAGGAGAGAACUGAGGAGGACGGUCGCCCCGAGCAGCAGCAGCAGAAAAGAGACGAAGACAGGAAGCGGAUUCGUGAGGAGAAAGCCCGUCUGGCCCGCCUUGCCGCCAUCCAGGAGCUGCAUCAGAAGAGAAGCCCGCCUGCUGCUGCGGAGGAGGAAGAGGAGCACGCAGCCGAGACGGAACUCGAGGGCCCGAGGCAGACCGGUAUGGCGGGACGGAAGAAACCUCCCAGGAUAUCUCUGACCCACAGGAGCCCGGCGGCGUCGCCCACGGUCAUCAAAUCCAAGAACACGGAAUCUAAUCUGAACAUUGUGGCCGACUUCAGUGAGCUGCGCUUUAGAGCCAUUUCUCCUGCUCCGUCCAAUCCCAGAGGCUCCCAGUGUUCCCUGGAGCGAGACGACAGAGUGGUUGAGGAUAUUUGUCCGGAGCAGCAGCAGCAUCUGGAGAAUGACAGGAAGUCGAUUCGUAAAGAGAAAACUCGACUGAUCCGCCUUGCUGCCGCCAAGGUGGUGAUCGCAUCCGACGAGCCGCAGCAGCAAAGACACCAGCGAGUGGGAGCAGAGGCGGACGUGGAAAGUCCGACGCACACAGCUGCUGCUGGACGCAAGAGGCCGCCGAAGAUUCUCCCGACGCAGAGGAGUCGGGCUUCGCCGAGCAACAACGGCCCGAUGUCACCGACGGACGUCAAAACCCAGAUCACAGAAAACAAUUUGAACUUCUCGUCCGACGUAGCGGAGCUCAGUUUCCGAGUCGUUUCCCCGGCGUCUUCCAAUCGCAGAGGUUCUCCGUGUUCCCAGGAGGCUCUGCAGAGGUCGGUGAGCGCGGAGGACCAGCGGCAGGCGGCCGUGUCCGGCAGAGCUCCGUCUAAAACCACACUCACUGAGCUGCUGGACACACUGAAGCUGUUGGAGGAGGAGCCCGUGAGGCUGUCGGAGCCAAAGUGCUACCACAAGGAGAAAUAUGCCUGGAUAGACGAGGACGAGGACUCCAACUCUCUGACCACCGACAACCUGGAGCUCCACCGGCAGCUGAGCCACCACCACCCUGCGCUGCCAGACGGGGGCGCCCUGCUCUCCGAGGCCAAGCUGCAGAGCAUCAUGAGCUUCCUGGACGAGAUGGAGAAGUCUGAGCAGGAGAGGCCACGCUCGGUCACGUCGGGGUCGCACAGAGAGUUUGUUUUGUCCGAGGAGGAGCUGGCUGGCGUGGAGCAGGCGUCGGCCACCGCCGCCGAGGUCACUGGCUCCAUGAUGAGAAUCAAGCUGGAGCUGGAGGAGAAGAAGCGCAUGGUCAACAUGCUGCAGGCCGCACUGGCCCAGCAGAGGGAGCUGACGGUGAGACACGUGAAGGAGACGGAGAAGGAGCUGAACAGAAACCUGCAGCUCCAGAAGGAACAGUAUGAAGCCACCAUCCAGAGACACCUCACCUUCAUCGACCAGCUGAUCAACGAUAAGAAGUCUCUGAGCGAGCGCUGCGAGGGCGUGGUGGGGGAGCUGAAGCAGGUGGACCAGAAAUACACCAAGAAGAUCUCGCAGAUGCAGGAACAGCACGAAAUGGUUUGGCAAAUUCUGGGCCCCUUGUGCGAGGAGAUCAAGAAGUUAAAAGACCUGAUGAGCGCCACGGAGAAGAUCCGCCGGGAGAAAUGGAUUGACGAGAAAACCAAGAAGAUUAAAGAGAUCACGGUGAAAGGUCUGGAGCCCGAGAUCCAGAAGCUGAUCUCCAAACACAAGCAGGAGCUGAAGAAGCUGCGGACGCUGCACGAGGCCGAGCUGCUGCAGGCCGACGACCGCGCCGCCCAGCGCUACGUCCGCCAGUGUGAGGAGCUGCGGCAGCAGCUGGAGAGGGAGAAGGACGAGCAGUGUCAGAGGGAGAGGGACCUGACCAAACACAGAUAUGAGCAGCAGCUUCAGGAGGAGGAGCUCUCCCUGCAGCAGCAGAGGAGGCGUCUCUACAAGGAGGUGGCCGACGAGAAGGAGAGGCUGGCCCAGCUGGCUGCCAGGCAGCGAGUGGAGCUGGAGGAUCUGCGGCGGCAGCUGGAGGAGAACAGCUCUCUGGCCGGACGAGCGCUCAGGGAGGAGCUGGACAAAAGCCGAGAGGAGCAGGAGCGGAGGCACCAGGUGGAGAUGAGGGCGACGCUAGAACGUCUGGACAUCGAGAAGCAAACGUGGGAAGAAAACUACAAGAAAAAGAAGGAGGCGUGGCUGCUGAGCCGCGAGCGCGAGCUCAAAGAAGAGCUGCGGCGAGAGCGUGACAAGGAGAUCGAUCUCGCCAUCUGGACGCUGGAGGAGGAGACGAGCAAAGACAAGGAGGAGUGUGAGAGGGCGGCCGACAGCAGGGUGAAGCGCCUGAGGGAGAAGUACGAGGCGGAGCUGAGGGAGCUGGAGCGCUCAGAGAGGGCGGCGGUGGAGAAACAUCAGGAGCUGAGGAAGCAGCAGCUGGAGGCGGAGGGGGAGACCAUGAGACUCCAGGCCGUGCUCCGACAGAAAGAACGGGAGGUCGAGGACAUCACACAGACCAGGGACAAGCUGGCGGACGAGCGCCGCAGCCUGGCAGAGGUGAUCCGACAGGAGUUUGCCGAGCGGCUGGUGACGACGGAGGAGGAGAACCGCAGGAUGAAGGUGGAGGUGUCGGAGGUCAGAGCGAGGCUUCGGCUGGAGGUGGAGCGGGUCACCAGGGAGAAGGAGGAGGAGCUCGCCGAGGUCCACCAACGAGUGAAGUCGGCCAUCUUGAAGAAGGAGGAAACGGUCAACAAUCUGCGGAAGCAGCACGAGGCUGCGGUGAAGAGGGCGGAUCACCUGGAGGCCCUGUGGGAGCAGCAGAGGAGGCAGCUGCUGGAGAAGUGAGCGACGGUCGUGGAUCGUCUCCGCUCGACAAGACCGAACCUGCGGAACUUCAGAGGGUUGAACCUCGUCUGAGAAAUACAGAACAGAGAAACGCUCGGGGGCCUCACAGCCCCCCCCCCCCCCCCCCCCCCCCCCCCCCCCCCCCCCCCCCCCCCCACACACACACCCCCCACACACAUGAAGGAAAGUAUUGUGUUGGAAUUUCCCUCAUUUAAAUUCCAUAGACUAGUUGCAAGAGGAUGGACUCACAAUUCUCCUUCUUAUUAUUCUUCCCUUUUCAGCGGAGAAUCGCUGCAUUAUUAUAAUUAUUUUCCUGACUGUAACACCCCCCCCCCCCCCCCCCCCCCGCUGGUCUGUGGCAGGGGGAACGCCUCCUCCACGUUCCCCACAGAGCGAGAACACUUCCAGAUGUUUGUGAAACCAGCCCGGGCCUGUGUGAGGCAGCUCAGGGUGGGGGUCUGCAUCACAGCGACACUAUGAACUUCUGCUUGACACAAGUCAGGCUCUUAGUGCCCCGAACACCCCCACCCCCUGUUGAGUCAUGUGUUUUGUCCCGGUGCCCCCCCCCCCCCCAAAGUCGAGUGCUAAUUACAGAAUAAGCUCUGAUCCAACAAAGAGGUUCAGACUAAAUGUUUGUAGAAAGUUUGUAGGAAGAGGACGACGGGCCGCGAGGGAGAAGAAUGUGACGGCGUGUUUGAGGUCGAAGGCAGACGGACGAUUGCAGGACUACGGCUUUGAAAAGUUUCUGAAUGUAAGAGAGAGAAAGAGGAAGAGGAGGAGGGAAGAAGGAAUGCGCAUAAAAAAAGGUUUAUAGGAUUAGGGGGAAAGUGGAGCUGGGACACAGCCGCGGCGGUCGGGGGGUUUUCAGGGGGCGGCGGGCAUGAGACCAGGGUCGGUCGUGACUCGUCCCGACUCAGAGGCCUGUGACAAAACACAUUGAACUCAACAGGGGGACACACAUGCACAAACACAAACCUCUGUAUUGUUUUAAUUCUUAGCCCCUAAAGUGAACAAAGAUGUUUGGAGGCCCCCCGUCUCCGAGACUUAGUGGAUAAGACUCGAUGUGACUCGUAUCAGAAUAUAUUUAUUCUUUUUAUUUAUUUUCCAAUUUAGCACUCGCACACGACCUUCGUCGCGUCGCACAGAGGUCAAAAGGGGGUUUGAAGUAAAUUUCGGUGAAACUUUUUAUAACUGCACCAUUUAUAUACUGUAGAUGGUUGAAUUACUGUACGUUAGGUUUUUUCUGACAUGUGAAGAGUUUGUUUUUUUUCCGAGCCACAAUAUUAAAAACGUUCACGUGAAGUGUGAUGAUGAUGAUGAUGAUGAUGAUGAUGAUGAUGACGACGUAGUAAAACGCAGCGUCGACGCAGCAAUGCAGGCGAAUAAAGGCCGCCUCAUUAACCCUAAAUAUUAAAAACACAAUAACGUCCAAGACUGGUGAAGAGGUGGUCGAUCCCCGUCUCCGGUGUUGGCACGGUGGGCGAAGUCGAGAGUGGGACGAUGAGAUGUUGGCAUUCCUCACGCAUGCCCGUCCUACAAGUGCCAGUGAGCUUUGCCUUUGUGUGUGUGACCGUGCGUGCUUGCCAUUCUCCCAUUUUUGACCUGAGAUGACCUCACACACAUAUUUGUUUUAUUUUUCCUCUUCCUCUGUAAGUUUGUGAACAAACCAUUCCAGCUGUCAUUUCUGCGUGCACCUCUUGAACGCACCGUUUUUCUUACCCCUUUUAUAUUUUGUUGUUUUGUUUAGUUUAGUUUUUAUUGUUUAUUCACGACGAUGGUUCGAAAACUGUGAAAAGAGAAUAAAGAGGCGCAUAUUGUUCAGAAGACGA